UUCCUAAUUAGGCGUCCAGGAAAAGAUGACGCUCUCCACGCAGUUGAGAUGCAACACGUGACCAGAGUCUGUCAGAAGCAGCCAGAUUUUCCAGGUUUUCUGGAGAUAAAGAUAUGCAAAGCACAGCAAACUACCUAUGGCUGGUAUCAGAUCUUCUUGGGCAGGGAGCCACAGCCAAUGUCUUCAGAGGAAGACACAAGAAAACUGGUGAUCUUUAUGCUGUGAAAGUUUUCAACAGUCUCAGCUUUCUUCGUCCUUUGGAUGUCCAAAUGAGGGAGUUUGAAGUGUUAAAGAAGCUAAAUAACAAGAAUAUUGUGAAGCUCUUUGCUGUUGAAGAGGAGACCAGCACAAGAAACAAAGUGCUUGUUAUGGAGUACUGUCCUUAUGGAAGUCUUUAUACAGUGCUGGAAGAAUCUUCAAAUGCAUAUGGCCUCCAGGAAGAAGAAUUCCUGAUUGUGCUUCGAGAUGUUGUGGCAGGAAUGAAUCAUUUACGUGAAUAUGGAAUUGUCCAUCGUGAUAUCAAACCAGGUAAUAUCAUGCGGACUAUUGGAGACGAUGGACAUUCUGUAUACAAACUGACUGAUUUUGGUGCAGCACGGGAAUUGGAGGAUGAUGAACAAUUUGUUUCACUUUAUGGAACAGAAGAAUAUCUACAUCCAGAUAUGUAUGAACGUGCUGUUCUCAGGAAAGAUCAUCAGAAGAAAUAUGGUGCUACUGUUGACUUGUGGAGCAUUGGAGUCACAUUUUACCAUGCUGCCACAGGCAGUUUGCCUUUUAGACCAUAUGAAGGACCACGCAGGAAUAAGGAAGUAAUGUACAAAAUUAUCACAGAAAAACCUCCUGGAACAAUAUGUGGUGUCCAGAAAUCAGAAAAUGGGAAAAUAGAGUGGAAUUCAGAAAUGCCCGUUUCAUGUAGUCUGUCCAAGGGCUUGCAAAUCCUGUUGACACCAAUUUUAGCAAAUAUUUUGGAAGCAGAUCAAGAAAAAUGUUGGAGAUUUGAUCAGUUCUUUGCUGAAACAAACGAUAUUUUGCAUAGAAUGGUAAUCCAUGUCUUCUCCUUGCAACAAGCCAGUCUUCAUCUUAUCUAUAUUCACAAACAUAUCAAGGCUACAGUAUUUCAAGACAUGUUGUUCCGAAGGACAAAUAUUGCUCCUCAGAAUCAGGAACUGAUUUAUGAUGGCCGUCGCCUGGUGCUUGAUCCUAAUAAGCAAGCUCAGAGUUUUCCAAAGACCUCAGAGGAAAAUCCAAUCUUCGUGGUAAGCCAUGAACUGGUCAGCAUCAUUGGGCUCCCAUAUGAGGAAUAUAUAACUAAGGCUGGCUUUCCUGAUUAUUGCCAAAGAGAUAAUUGUCACGAACAACAGACGUAUCACGUGCCUACUCCUAAAUUGCCACCACGUUAUGAUUUGGAUUUGGACUGCAGCUGUGCAAAGACCACUGCAGGUGAUGUCAGCUACAUGUGCAAGAUUUCAAGUUCUCUUCUGCGGCAUCAAGAAUUAGUUAGAAAAGGAGUACGAAAUUUAAUUGAAAUCAUGAAGGAGGAUUAUAACGAAGUUGUGCAUAAAAAAUCAGAGAUUUUCCAAAUGUGUGAUUUUUGUAGUAGGAUUCUGGAAAAAACUGAGCAACUCUGCGAAGUAUUGAUGCAAGCCAAUCUGUUUUCAUCAGAAAUCAAAGAAAUCCCAGAAAUGAAAAAGACGAUCAUGUGUCUUUCUACUUCAUUGACAUCCUUGGACAGUACUCUUCAAGACUUAAAAAAACAACUUUUGCCAGGGGGUUUGCUGUCAGAUAAUUGGAUUCAGCAAGAAGGUACCCAUUAUGAAGACAGAAACCCUGAAAGAAUGAAAGUAAUACUGGAUUCCAUCACAGCGAUUUAUCAGCAAUUUAAGAAAGAUAAAGCUGAGCGACGUCUGCCUUAUAACGAAGAACAGAUUCAUAAAUUUGACAAGCAGAAACUUCUGUUGCAUUCAACGAAAGCAAGGACCUUAUUUAAUGAUGAAUGCAUCCAGAAAUAUCAGGUUUUCCUCUCAAAGACAGAUGACUGGAUGAGAAAAGCACAUCAUAUAAGAAAACAUUUCCUCAGUCUUACAAACCAAUUCAUUAAUGUUGAGCAACAGGUGUCUGAACUACUGGAACGGGUUUGCGAGUUGCAGGAUAUGUUGCCACAGAAAAUCCUUCCAGUGUCAUCGAAUGAAAGAAAACCUCAAAUAUACCUCAGUCCGAACACCCUAGUAGAAAUGACAUUGGGUAUGAGGAAAUUAAAAGAAGAAAUGGAAGGAGUUGAGAAGGAGCUAGCUGAAAAUAACCGGUUUCUGGAGAGGUUCGGGACCUUAACUAUCGAUGGUGGACGGAUAUAACUUUUUAAAUACUUUCAUUUUUAAUUUCUAAAUACUUUUUUUAAAAGAUAACUAACACCUUGUCUGCUUGAUUUACUCUAUGUAUAUAUAAUAUGCUAUACAUAUGUAAAGAACAUUCCUUUCUAACUUUUCUGGCAAACUAUGUUUGUAGUUUCCAAUGUUCUGUAUAGAUGGCCAGUGACUGUCUGCUGUCUGUCUUGGGAGGAUAUUUAUGAUUGAGGAGGUGGUCAGUUUAUAAGACAUUUAGACUUGGCACACUCAGGAUUGGAGAGGCAUAUAAAAAGAUUGUAGUAACAAUUAAAAACAUCUUUGAGAUACAACAAUUGUAAUAAAAAUAUAAAUACAUUUCAACCUUAAAACCCCAGAUUCUGAAGUACUGCCCAUGUGAAGUUGACUGUGAUUGUGUGUAGUGUUAUCUGCACAAAUACAGGUGGCUUCCCUCUCCUUCUGAACAAUAUUGUGAUUUUGUGCAUUUUACAUGGUGAAGCAUUGUAGCUUCAUACUCCUGUGUUAGCAAUGUGCCACUUUUGGAAGGGUAGUUCCCACAUUAUGUUGCAUAAAAUAUGAAGUUGGAAAAAAAAAAUUCAUUAAAAACUUACAUGCUGUAAAAUGUUUACAUUUUAAAAAUGAAUAUAAAACUAUUGGGAAUGUCAGAAGUAUGUACUAUAUAUAAUACACUGGAAAAGAAAAAUCAUUUAGGAACUUGUUGAAAGUUGCAUAUUGACCUGAACAGGGGAUUCUUCAAGCAGACACAUUACUCAUCUGAAGCAAAUUCAAAAUAUGGUGCGGACAUGCCCAAAUAUCAGCUUGAUCAAGAGAGACUGGCAUAAAUUGUUUUAUGUUUAUUGCUUAUAAAGCUUACAUUACAUGAUUCCACUGUAAUAUUUUGUACAGAAGAACAUUUAAGUACUGUAACUGUGUAGCCUACUAUAUGUAUAUUAUUGAAUGCCAAAGUAAAAUCUGUGCUGUGUUACAUGACUGGUGUAUUCUGCACUAUUAAUGCUUCUAAUUAAAGGGCAAUUUACUGUUUUCAAAUACAUAGUGAGGAAAAAUAAAGUGAAUUUACAAUGUCAUA